ACCCGGAAGUAAACGUAAGGUCACGGGUGCCUUAUAAAUACCGUUCACCGUAACGUGGCACAGAUAUUGACAGACGAUUGUGAGAGGUGUACGACGUUUUAUUCAGUGUGUAUCGAGAUUCAGAGACAUUCUUAAAUAUGUGUGGUAUCUUUGCAUAUUUGAACUAUUUAGUGCCGAGCACUAGACGUGAGAUUCUGGACAUCCUCAUCAACGGCCUAAAACGUCUGGAAUACAGAGGAUACGACUCAGCAGGUGUUGCAUUUGAGGGCAGCAAUGUUGAUAGCAAAGAAUGUUUCAUCAAGGUCAUCAGACAGAUUGGCAAGGUCAACAUGCUGGAAGAGGCAGUACGAACUGCACAGGACGUGAACUUCGAAAAGCCCUACAAUGUCCAUGUCGGCAUUGCACACACACGUUGGGCCACUCACGGAGAACCCAGCACCCGCAACAGCCACCCACAGAGGUCAGAUCCUGACAAUGAGUUUGUGAUUGUACAUAAUGGGAUCAUCACAAAUUACAAAGAUAUCAAGUCUUUCUUGGAAAACAAGGGCAUGAAGUUUGAGUCGGAGACUGACACCGAGGUCAUCGUGAAGCUGGUGAAACACUUAUGGGAAACACACAAGACCUCCAAGAUCACAUUCAGGGAGCUGGUUGAGGUCGCUAUUCAACAGUUGGAGGGAGCAUUUGCCCUGGCAAUGACAAGCACACAUUUCCCUGGAGAGAUCGUCACAACAAGACGAGGAAGUCCACUUUUAAUCGGCGUAAAGAGUCGGGCCAAGCUGACAACUGAUCACAUCCCCAUCCUGUACAGCAAAGGUUUUAAAGAUUUGACGUCUACGGAAGGUGGGUCGGCCAGGGCUUGUGGAUAUGAAGAUCAACCUAAUGAAAGUGACCAUCGAGGGUUUGUGGGCUCAGCACAUCGUAACGAGGAUCAGACUGAGUUUCAUCCCGUAGGACCAAACAAAGAGGUGGAAUACUUCUUUGCCUCUGAUGCCAGUGCCAUCAUCGAACAUACAAACCAGGUGAUCUUCAUGGAAGAUGAUGAUGUUGCCGCUGUCCAGAAUGGGAGCCUCUCCAUCCAUCGCAUAUCUCGCAGCAUCGACGACUCCACGGUCCGCGAGGUGAUCACCCUCAAGAUGGAGAUACAGGAGAUCAUGAAGGGCAGUUUCAGUUCCUUCAUGCAGAAGGAGAUCUUUGAGCAGCCAGAGUCUGUGGUCAACACGAUGAGGGGCCGUGUCAGCUUCGACGCAGAACACGUCGUCCUCGGUGGCAUCAAGGACUACAUGAGUGAGAUCCGGAGAUGCCGCCGUCUGCUCUUCAUCGCCUGUGGAACCAGCUUCCAUAGCGCCGUUGCGACCCGGCAGUUGCUGGAAGAGCUCACCGAGUUGCCGGUGAUGGUGGAACUAGCCAGCGACUUCCUGGACAGGAGCACUCCGGUCUUCAGGGAUGACGUCUGCUUCUUCAUCAGCCAGUCCGGGGAGACAGCCGACACCCUUCUAGCUCUACGGUACUGCAAGCAGCGAGGGGCUCUCAUUGUCGGCAUCACCAACGUCGUGGGCAGCAGCAUCUGCCGCGAGUCCCACUGCGGUGUGCAUAUCAACGCAGGGCCUGAGAUUGGCGUGGCCAGUACAAAGGCGUACACAAGUCAGUUCAUCUCGCUGGUGAUGUUCGGGCUGAUGAUGUGUGAGGAUCGCAUCUCCAUGCAGCAGAGGAGAAAGGAGAUUAUCCAGGGACUCAAGAAGCUCCCAGACCAGAUCAAGGAUGUGCUGAAGAUGGACGAGCAGAUCCACAAUCUGGCGCAGGAGCUGUAUCAACAGAAGUCCCUCCUCGUCAUGGGCAGAGGCUACAACUAUGCAACGUGUCUCGAGGGAGCCCUGAAAAUCAAGGAGUUGACAUACAUGCACUCGGAGGGUAUUCUGGCUGGUGAGUUGAAGCACGGCCCUCUGGCACUGGUAGACCGCGCCAUGCCUGUCAUCAUGGUCGUCACAAGGGACAAGGUCUUCUCGAAAUGUAUGAAUGCUCUUCAGCAAGUGAAAGCAAGACACGGCGAGCCUAUCUUGAUUUGCAACACGGGUGACGUUGAGACGCAGUCACAGGCUUUGAAAUAUAUUGAUGUACCUCUCAACAUUGAUUGCCUACAAGGCAUUCUGACCAUUAUACCAUUGCAAUUACUCUCAUUGCACAUUGCUGAAUUGAAGAAAUUUGACGUGGAUUGCCCGCGGAACCUGGCCAAGAGUGUGACCGUGGAGUAACCAAGUACAGUUCCCUGAUUGCAUAUAGCCCAUACUGAUCUCACCAGCUUUUGAAAUCUUUGUUGGUAUGAUGCCAAAGGUCAAGGUUUCAUCAGGUCAAGGUGAAGGCUUUUUGUCUAUCUUUGUUACAUUAGAUCACAUCAUUGAACACAGUGCCAUUGGAACAAAGCAUUGCUACAUCGUCAACCUCAACGUAUCAUGUGUCAUGUUUAUAUGAAGUUUGUAGGUACAAUGACAAAAUUAUGUACUGAUGGCCUUUGACACAAAAUUGCAUAUUUAUUAUUUUUUUAUGCACUGUUUCAUGUUUCAUGUCUAACUUACAGUUGUCUACGACAAACGAUUACGUGGGACCACAGGUGUUUCCUUUCAUUCAAAGUCAUUAUAUACAUUUGAAUAUUACCGUUGAACAACCAUUUUGUUAACUAUUUCACAGAAAUUAGGGGAAGCAAUGAACUCAAACUUACUGGAUUGAUGAUAAAAAAUUACGUUGUCAUCGUUGCUUCUUUUCUAGGUUUUCUAUUUGUGUUCAGUGACAUUCAGAAAAUAUAUAGAAAAUUGAAAUACUUGAUGACGAAAUGAUAGAAAUUGACCAAGAUACAUGGAUACUUUUCUAGGUUAUUUAUUUGUGUUAAGUGACAAUCAGAUAAUAAAUAGGGGCACGGAUGGCCCCGUCGUCUAAGGAGCCGCGAUUCGCUGUGCAGAGUUGCGUCCCUUGGGCAUGCCAGAAACCUAUGAUUGUGGGUUCGAAUCCCGGUUCGCCCCGAUUAUGUUUCUAGGUUUGUCAGCACCUACCCGUGCUUGUGGGUUUCACCGAAGUGGUAAACGUCUGAGACCUGCAUCACUUUGGGCUUUCCUCCCACAUUAAGCUGACACACUGCGAUAUGACUGGAAUACUAAUAAAAGCGGUGUUACACCUAACUCACUCACAUCAAAUAAUAAAUGAAAGUUUGAAAUCCUUAUGGGCAUAGGUGUUUGCACAAAUGUAAUGGAGGUUUCCUCAUACACAUCUGUAGACUUUAGUAAGGGGUGACUGGAGAUCUGUGGGGAGGUAUGCCGUACACAAUGUACUGUCAUCAGCAACAAUCAUCCUCUACCAUUAUGUGCUAUAUGUAGUAUAUGACUGUAUCACUGGGCUAGAGUGUAGUACAUCGUAUCAUCUGGGUUAAUGUGACGUGUAACAUUGUAUCGCCGGGCUAGUAUGUAUUAUAUCACGACAACCCGGACUGUGGGUUAACAUUUUACUGGGCUAUGACCAUCACUGACAUUACGACGAAGUCUAUACGUGCCAAUAAACAUGUUAUUGUUAUGUAUUGAUACCAUAUUCAACCCUGUGGGCAGACUGAAUGAUUUUGUAGAUUAACAGUACAGUUGAUAAUGUGUUAAUGAAUUAAAUGUGCAUAUUGUAAUGAAAAAAAAUGUUUUGUAAAUAUAUUCGGGGGGGGGGGGGGGGGGGGUAAUAGGGUUUAAUGAUAGAAGGUGUUCAUACAAUUUUUAUAAAAAAAUGUCAAUCUUUAUAGGAGUUCACAUAUAAGGUUGUCAAUUAUUAGAUUGGACACCUGGACUCACCUAGUAACAGUAACACCUGGAGACCCAUGAAGAUCCUGUGUAGAAUAGGUCUUCAGCAACCCAUUAUUGCCAUAAGAGCCGACUAUGCUUGUUGUAAGAGGCGACUAACAGGAUCUGGUCGUCAGACUCGCUGACUUGGUUGAUGCCUGUCAUCGUAUCCCAAUUGCCUGGAUUGAUGCUCAUGAUGUCAGUCACUAGAUUGUCUGGUCCAGAUUUGAUUAUUUACAGACUGCCAUCAUAUAGCUGGGAUAUUGCUGAGUGCAGCGUUAAACAACAAACAAACAAACAAACAAACAUAAACAAAACACACCUGGAAAUAUCUGACGACAGUAACACACCUGAAAUACCAGGUAUACAGCUUGAUGAAGAACUUUGUCCUGGCCCCCGCUGGAUCACUCCCAUAGUCAUGCUACCUUUCCCAUACUGGAUGCUGAUAGGGUUGCAUAUGGUAUUGAAUAAUUCCUGUAUAUCACUAUUCAGUAUCACUAUUUAUUUAUGUUAACCAUUAAUGCUAAUUCAUGUAUUAGAUGUUGUUGAAAAUAAUGCAGAAUUGGAUGAAUAUAUAUUUGUUUCUCUUUUCUUAGAUUCUAUCCUUGAGCAGACACCAACUGUUGUUUAUGAUUCACAGUAGAUGUGUUGUAUACUUUUAGAAUCACAAACAAUCUUGAUCUCGGCAUGUUAUGCUUUUCUGCUUGUUUACUGUUUUGUCAAGAAAUGUUUUAUUGUACAUAUAAUGUAUUUAAGAAGUGCAUAAGCUUGUUUUGAGCCUAGUAGGACAAUCUCUUCAUUAAAAAGUAGUUUGGAAUAAUCUCAGUGUUUUGCGUCUUUUGCAUAGUUUGUUAUUUCUAAACAUUACCCAAGAUAACUCCGCAGCUGUCAGAUGAUCAUUUGAAAGUUUUAUUGAUUUACUGUAUGAAAUGUUUAACCUCGUUUAACAAGUAUUAUACCUUCACUAACAAUGCCAUGUUUGGUUGUUACCUGAAACUUGCAGAAUGUUGAACGUUGUGUAUUCAUUAUACAAUCUAUUUGAAAUCUAUGCAAUUUUAAAUGCCUUGUAUUUCUAUGCCAGAGAUAUGCAUGUUUGAAUGUCUUGUUUUAAAAAAUGGCAGACUAAGUUAUUUUGUUCUCUCAUGCAUCCUGUACAGCACAGUCUCACUACUUUUCAUUUAUCCGAACAUAUCUAACCUCAAUGGCUGAUGUAUAACAGAUUCAGAAACUAAGUAGGGUCAAUCUUCUGAUUUAGAGGGGGGGAGGUUGGGAGGUUGGGAGGCAUGAUUUAAACUUGAAUAUGAUUGUUUCCUAAAAGUGCUGGUACAAAAUAAUUUGUCAGAUUCUACCAUAAAAAUAAACUGUUUAAUGGUCAUUCUUUGCCUAAAUAAUGUAUUGUGAGUAAAAAUUGACUUGAAGGGUGACCGAAAAAUUUCCUGUCUCAACCAAAUCAAUACCAAAUCUUCAGAAUUGUAAUUGGAUGGUUUAGUUGUAAGUGUCCGUUUAGAUGGUUGUUAAAUGUGGAAUUUGUCCUUGAUUCAUUUCAAGGAAAGGAACUAUAUGACUUUAUAAAGAUUUGAGUUGUCAUCGGUUUGCGUGUUUUCCACACUUCUGUGUCAGUCGUCUGUACUGUGUAUGGCCAUUAAAUCAGGGACACUUGCAUGUGGAAGCAAUGAUGUGUGUACGUCGUACUUGUUGCUCACGAUAUAAACUGGCUGUAUCAAAACAGCUGGACAAAUUUAAGAAAAGUCACAACCUGAUAUUUGAACCUGCGAAUGUGCAUCAUCCGUGCAGUCAUUAACAGGGGAGGAGGGUUUGCUAAUGGGCCAGUCAUUGAUGAAGACAUAGAGCAUGUUCUCCAUAUGCAACAUGUCACAUUCGCUCACAGCCCCCUGUUCAGUGGAAAUAAAAUGUUCCGUAUUAUACGAAAUGUUCCAAAACGUGGUGUUCACACUGAUUUUUUCUUAAGUUUGUUUAGCAUGGUACAGGCAACUCGUGGUCUGACAAAUUCCACAAGGCAUUUGCUUUGUGAUAUGUAAAAUUCUCGAUUUGUGAAAAUGAAAACUUAUUUUAUCACAGAAUUGAAGUUUGUUUUGUGAUAAACCGUGUCUGAUGUUGUUGCAUCUGAAGUUGAUGUCUGAGUACUUUAUCAGUGUCAAACAAUCAGACCAGUUAUAUCCCUUGUAUUGUUGUUCAAGGACAAAUGAUACGAUUUGGGAAGUGAAAAUUUGGAACUGAAUGUCAAUUAUUAAAAGACACAAAAAAAUAUGUUAUGUUAAGUUAAAAAUAUACUGACCUACUUUGAAAAUGCAGAUUUAAAUUUUUGAAAUAUUUGGCAAAAUGGCAACAAAAAUCAAUUAAGUUCUGUGCAUUUAGGCAUGAGAUAGUCAAACACGACAAAGGGGUAGUUGGGGUUGAAAUCUCAUUCCAUGUGUUUUGAUGUGGACUUGAGCACAAAUACACCUUGUCUGAUGCUUGAGAACAUGAUUAUGAGGAUUCAUUGUGUCAGUCUAUGAGAAUAUUUGAUAUUGGUUUGAAAAUCCAUGUCCACUCUCAACUUUAUGAUUAUCCUAAAAUGUCUUUUUUUUUUAAACAAAAAUUGAAAUAAGCAUACAGGUACUGCUAUUGAACACAGCAUUUCCUUUACCAGCCCAAAAAAGUCAUAGAUGUUUUGACAAUAAUGGAAUUGAUAUCUUCACAAAUAAUUCCGCAUCUGUCAAUGAAAGUGAUGAUCUAUAUUGCUGAUGCUUGUGUUUUGGGGUUUGUGCUAGUGUAGAUGGUUUAUGUGUUAUUGGGAGCCUACUCAUAGCCAGACAUGCUUCGGGGCUGGUGCAUGGGGCGGGGCGGGGCAUCCCCGGGGUCGUCAUGUCGUCGGGGCAGAGAGCAUACUCUGCUACAUGACAAUAAAACAUUACUAUGUA